AUGUCGUCAUGGGACCCCAAAAUUCGACCUCUGCCGCCUGAUGUAGUGGCGAAGCUCAAAUCCUCAACUGCCAUUACACACUUGAACGGGGUUGUUGUAGAGCUAGUCAAGAAUGCAUUGGAUGCAAAUGCUCGUACAGUCUAUGUGACCGUCGACUUCGUUCGCGGAGGCUGUAUAGUUGAAGAUGACGGAGAUGGGAUUCCUCCAGUGGAGUUUGAACCAGACGGAGGAUUGGGGAAAGCCCACCGUAAGUUUAAUCGUCACAUAUCAAUGUCCUUUACUCAUAGAGAUGCAGAUACUUCAAAAUACCAUUCGAGUCAGGCUAUAGAAGGACGUAAAGGGCUGUUUCUCGCCUCACUUUCUGCCCUUUCUCUGCUGACUAUCACAUCACACCAUGUGCGCCAUUCGAGUACUAAUACCGUCACGUUCCAUCACUCGACGCCGGUUGCUCGAUUGAUGCCAGCUCCAGCGUAUCAAGCGCUGAGGUUCAGUGCCCAUGGCACGUCUGUCACAGUAAAUGACCUGUUCGGAAAUAUGCUUGUGCGCGUAAAGAGUCGAGCAUUGGCUCUUCAAAGGCCAGAUGAACUGGAACGACAGUGGGAGGAACUAAGGCACUUUCUGGUGUCAUACAUGGUCGCAAACGACAGGAUGGCUAAGCUAGUGGUCCUCGACGCUCACAGAGAAAAGAAGAUCACGGUUUAUCCACAAAGACCUGCCAGGCAAUAUGGCGGAGAACCUGAUCUACAACGACUUCGUUCUAUCCUGGCCCAGUCGGGGCUGGUUGAGGCUCAGAAUGCGGGCAUCUGGGAUACCGUAUCGGCCAGCGUCUCUGACUUCACAAUCCAUGCGGCAGUUUCCUUGACGCCUAGUCCUACGAAGAAGGUCCAAUUUGUCUCUUUAGGCUCGAACCCGGUGUUCGCGAGGAACAACGCAAAUCUGAUAUACGCGGAAGUCAAUCGCUCGUUUGCCUUGUCGGACUUUGGAUCUACAAGAAGCCGUUCCUCUGCAGUUGAAGCAUCUGCCCGGACCCCUGAUGGCCAACUCAUGCAUAGCAAACCCGCGUCUAAAGCAGUCAAUAAAUGGCCAAUGUUCUAUAUACGUAUAGACAGCUGCAAUGAGUGGAAUAUCGACGAUGAUACGCAAGAACUUCCAGAAUCAGACAAAUCUCUCCAGCGUAUACUAGAUGUGCUGUCGACAAUGAUCAACGAAUUCCUCAGGCAGAGCAGCUUACGUCCACGUACUGGGAAAAGGAAAAGAGGUGCGCCCAAUGUACCGCCAGCUACUACGCGCCCUAGCAGCGUAAAGACCGGAAGGUCUCUAGCUUCAGAAGGCGUCGGCUCUAUCACCGAAGAAACCCUCGGUGGUCAACUCAAGCUCCCCUCUUUGCGAAGACCACCCAAUGUCAGCCAUCAUUUCGGCGAUUGGACCAGAAUCAAAAGUGCAAAGCCGGAAACGUUAAGCAAAAUGUUGCCUUUACGCGGUCGCGAGUUCGGGUCAGCUCGCUCAGAGAAAAACCCAGCACAUCAAGUCCGGGAUCAGUUGAACCAGCAAUCAGCGCUUUUUUCUGCUGGCGAGGAAGGCACGGCCACCGAGCCCCAAUCUCCUAUACCAGAUGUGUCAGGGAUGCACGAAGGACAACUGAAUCAGGUUCGCGAAGAGACAGAUACCGACAGGAUUGUUCCGUGGGUCGAUCCUUACACGGGUAGACGCCAUUUAAUCAACUCACGGACUGGCCAGUCCAUGCUCCUCAGGUCUUCAGGAGCCUCGGACGUGAUGCUGCGGCCCCAAUCCACCGGCUGUAUACAAGAACCACAUCGUACUCCAGACGAAGUGCAGCGACCAAGAUCAGUCCCUCUGCAAAGGACUGACAACAAGUGGGUCGAGAAACUUUUGGACAAUUGGAUUAAUCCUGUUUUUGGCCGCCCAGAGAGGCGUAUCAGUGCGGUGGAUGUCAGUGCUAGCCACGAGACAGCUCGCCCCGGGCCUAGUUCUCAUGGUGAGCUAUGCGGGUUAGAAAGCAUGGGAGUGUCGAAGUUCCGCGGCAAACUGCGUAAACAGGAUCUCAGAGCUGCAGAGGUCAUCGCUCAAGUGGAUCAGAAAUUCAUCCUGAUAAAGAUGCAAAUGCCCUCUAAUAGCCCUGGGGGCCCUGCAUCGAACCUGAUCUUGAUCGAUCAGCACGCUGCGGAUGAGCGAUGCCGGGUCGAGGGACUCAUGGCAGAGCUGUUCACAUCUGGGGCAGAUAGCUCAGCCUCCAUCCACACCAUCACAUUGGAACCAAUCAUUUUUGAAAUACCCACUACCGAAGCAUCCUUGUUCAAACGAUAUAAGGAAUUCUUCCGCUCUUGGGGUGUAACUUACACCAUAGAACAAGGACCCAAAGACAAAAAUGUCUUCAUUUUCGUACGCACCCUCCCAACCCUCAUCGCCGAGCGCUGCCGCACCGAACCAGACCUAGUCACCGACCUCAUCCGCGGCGAGAUCUGGAGACGCGAAGAAGAAAACGGACGAAGCCGACAGCCUCGCCAUGUGCCCGACUUCGGCCAUUCUCGUCCAGAUAUGGCUCAAACCAGCAGCAGCAACAGUAGCAGCUGGGUAGACCGACUCGACGGCUGUCCUCGAGGGAUCAUCGACCUGCUGAACUCUCGCGCAUGCCGCACAGCAAUCAUGUUCAAUGAUGUUCUGGACAAGGAUGAAUGCCAGAGUUUGGUUAGACGACUCGCAGAUUGCGUUUUCCCGUUCCAGUGCGCGCAUGGUCGGCCCUCGAUGAUACCUAUUUUGGAAAUGGGGCCUGCUACUGUAUCAUUGGAUCAGACUCCGGAGGAUAAUGAAUAUGAAGGCCCGGGGUUUGUUGGUAUGUUUAGGAAAUGGCGGGAUAGGGAAUUCGGUUAG